ACCACCGAUCUAGCGAUGGAGUGCCUCGCCGAGAUGCCGCACGCGCCGCUCGACCGCCGCCCGCGCAAGCGCCAGCGCCUUGGCUGGGACGUCGGCCCCGAGAUCGCCCAGAUAAAAUUUUGUGGGCAAGAGGUUUCGAAUGUGCUCACUGCUGUGACGUUGGGGCUCUCAUCAGGCGGCAUUGUUUCCUCCCAGGAGGCGCAAGAGCUCCUUCGUCUGGCGACCCCUCCUCUCAGAGAAGAUGACAAGGAUGGACACUAUGUUUUUGCUGUGGGAGACAACCUCACACCUCGCUACAGGAUUAAUGCAAAGAUGGGUGAAGGUACCUUUGGUCAGGUGUUGGAAUGUUGGGAUAGGGAACGCAAGGAAAUGGUGGCAAUUAAGAUCAUCAGAGGCAUUAAGAAGUACAGGGAUGCUGCAAUGAUUGAAAUUGGCAUGCUCGAGCAGAUAUGCAAAUAUGAAAAAAGCAGAUCCAGUUGUGUUCAAAUUCGGAACUGGUUUGACUAUCGUAACCAUAUCUGUAUUGUCUGUGAGAAGCUUGGACCAAGCUUAUAUGAUUUUCUCCGGAAAAACAAUUACCGAGCAUUCCCAAUUGCCGUAGUUCGGGAGGUUGCCAAACAACUGUUGGAAUGUCUAGCAUUUAUGCAUGAAUUGCGCCUCAUUCACACUGAUUUAAAGCCUGAGAACAUUCUCCUUGUUUCUGCGGAGUACACUAAAGUGCCUGAUUACAAAGUUUCAUCCCGUUCCCCGAAGGAGGGAUCCUAUUACAAACGUCUGCCCAAGUCCAGUGAGAUAAAGGUGAUUGAUUUUGGCAGCACGACAUACGACCAACAGGACCAGACCUACGUUGUUUCUACUAGGCAUUAUCGGGCCCCUGAAGUUAUCUUGGGACUUGGAUGGAGUUACCCAUGUGAUAUCUGGAGUGUUGGCUGUAUUCUGGUAGAACUGUGCACGGGAGAGGCAUUGUUUCAAACUCAUGAGAAUUUGGAGCAUCUGGCUAUGAUGGAGAGGGUGCUUAGUCCGUUGCCAUACCACAUGCUUAAGAGGGCAGAUCGACAUGCUGAGAAAUACGUCAGAAAGGGCCGUUUAAACUGGCCUGAAGGAUGUGCUUCACGGGAGAGCAUGAAAGCUGUCAUGAAGCUGCCCCGGCUUCAGAAUUUGGUGAUGCAAAAUGUAGACCAUUCGGCUGGCGACUUGAUUGAUCUUUUGCAAGGGCUGCUUAAGCAUGAUCCAGCAAGCCGCCUAACAGCCCAAGAGGCUCUUAAGCAUCCAUUCUUGAUGGAGAAGAGUGAGCGAAGAAGAUGAGGUGACUCUAGUAGAAGUGCUGACAGCUGCUUUGUCCCUAACUUGUGUCCGUUGUUCCUAUAAAGCUUUUGCGAUGUCCCAAAUGUGACUUCCACAAGUGGUACUGCGCAAGCAUCUGUAUGUAUAAAUCGACAAUUUGUCGAGGUGUAUGUAGUGUAGUCAAAAGUUUAAGUUGUUUCAAUCUUCUGAAACAUGUAUGUUGUCUGUUUUUGUUCCCAAUUGAAGUGUUAAUGAAAAAUUGCAGUGAGAUGUGACU